UAAGUAUGGGCGGGGAAUUACUUUUUUUUUUUUUAAAUCUAAAAAGCAUUUCUGCCAUCUGACAAACGUUUUCCUACUCUGUACUCUUCCAAAUGACGUGUUUAUUUGGUGUUAAUUCCGUUGUUCAAUAAAGAUGUUUAAAAAAAGUCAAACAUGACGGCUGAUGUACGCAUGCGCAGUACAGUGUGUCGCGACCACUGGUUCCGUUUUGUUUCACGAUUAAUAACCUCAAGUGCGCCCUUGUGAGAUAUUUGACAGUAGGGCAAAAAACUUGCUGUGAAAAUGUUGAAGGAGUUAGUCAGAAAACGACUGAUAGCGGCCGCCGACGAAAUUUUCAGCUUGUUUGAAAGAACGAUCGCUUCUUACGAGGAGCAACUUUGCCGAGCGACCGAGGAGAACGAGAAACAACGUCGACAACUGGAAGCUGCUUGCUCAAAGACUCACGGUGAAGACUCAGAUCCAGAGCCCCCUUAUGUUAAAGAGGAAGAAGAGUAUGUCGAUGUCAGCAAAUUGCCACUGAGCUUCAUCUCUGUGAAAAGUGAAAAUGACCAAGACGAAGCACCCGAGUCGUCACAAAUACAUCAACACAGUCCAAGUGGAGACCACCAUGGAGUACCGCCAGCAGCAGACAACCUAGCUCCACUGUCACAUAGCGAAGACACGGAAGAAUUGUCGAGGAGCGGUACGGACUGCGAAGGUGACGACAAACGUUUGAAGUGCUCUAAAAAGGAGACACAAAAGCGUUUCACCUGCUCGGUUUGUGGCAAAAGGUUUGCUCGAAAGUCAAAUAUGGUGACACACAUAAGAACACACACCGGAGAAAAACCUUUUUGUUGUUCAAUUUGUGGCGAAACAUUUGCUCGCAAGGUCUCCUUGGUUGGACACACGGGCACGCAUACAGGAGAAAAACCGUUCACCUGCUCCAUCUGCGGAGAGAGGUUUGCUUAUAAUUACAAUUUGACCAGACACAAGCACACACACACGGGAGAGAAGUCCUUUAGUUGCUCUAUUUGCAGUAAAAUAUUCAACCAAAGAGGCAACAUGGUCGCGCACAUGAGAACGCACACAGGUGAAAAACCUUUCCAUUGUUUGGUGUGUGGGGAUCAGUUUGCUUACAGAGUGUCAUUAAUUUCCCACACAGCGACACACACGGGACAAAAACCCUUUCGAUGCUCAGUUUGUGGCGAAAGCUUUUCUUAUAAGUACAGUUGGACCGCGCAUAUGCGCAAACAUGACCGGGAAUAAAAAAAUAUCCUGCUUAGGUGAGUGAAACUGUCCUGAUUUAUGAGUUCAGGUCUUUCCUUGUAACUUAAAACACUUGAAUCUCAAAUCAGCUUUCCUCACUGAAAUGAAUGAAAAUGCCAUUAAUCCACUCCAGCCCUUGUACGCUUUUUGGUGUGCAUCUUGGUCACUAGGGGGCAGUAUAAUGCAGACAGUGAAAAUUAAAGAAGAGUUUCACAAGUGACUCAGUAAGAUGGUGUAUUAUGAGUUUUUGCUGGGGAUGAAGAAUUUUAUUAUUGUAAUAUUGUCUGUACUACAUCAGUGGAUCUCAACCUCCAAUUGAGUCCAAAGGGUUUGGUGAGUCAGGGGUUUGGCAGAGGACAGGAUAGACAUUGAAAAUAAAUGUGUUGCUCAUUUCUCAAACAAUUCUCAUCAGAUUUACUUUUUGUCAAUGUCAAAGUGUGUGCUGUAAGAUAACCUUACACAUUUCACAGAGGCCUGUGAAAUGUAUCACCUCAUGUGUCAUAAAUCUCUUUUAAUAACUCUGUUGCUGUGCAAAGAUGUGUGUGUGUACUGUUUGUCUAUGGGAAGUUUAAGAGCUCAAAGUGACUGCAAAUUUAUGAUAGCUGCAUUCUUGUGGGCUUAAGAGCUCAAGGUGACUGCAAAUUUAUGAUAGCUGCAUUCUUGUGGGUUUUUAUAACAGGAAGAACUGUGUCUAAUCAGAGGACACCCGGCCUUGAAAAGAUUAACUGUCUCUGUAUAACAACUUUACUUGUCUUGUGAAACCUGCUCUCCCCCACCCUAUGUGUGAAGCUCAAUAAAAUGUGUGGUUUUGGAGGGGCUCGGAGAGAGUCUUACGUGCGGGCUGAAGAAUAUGUUCUUCUUCCCCGAGUUCUCCCCAAACUGCAGUUUGGUAAAAAAUAACUCUGCCUCUGUCUCAAUCAUUCUAUCCUGGUGCCGGAGGCUCUGGGUCCACAUUGAGUGAGAAGUCCGUGCUUUGGACC